CGAAAACUCAGUCCAGGCAGGGAGGCGUCAUCGGAUGCAAGUCACUGACUACUCCAGACACACUCACAAUGGCGGAUUCCUCAGAGUCGUUCCAGAUGGCCACCAGCCCCACACGGGCCCCCAGGAGGGGAGACAUGACAUCCAGCCCUGGGAGGGACCUGCCCCCCUUUGAGGACGAGUCUGAGGGGCUGCUGGGGGAGGCCCUGCCUGGGGAGGAGGAGGGAGACGGAGAUGAUCUGAUCGGUGAUGGGAUGGAGAGGGACUACCGAGCCAUCCCCGAACUGGACCGCUACGAGGCGGAGGGUCUGGACCUGGACGAGGACGAGCUGUCGGAGCUCUCCCCCGGAGCCAGGGCUGCUGCCGAGGAGGCCAUGAGCCGGAGGGACCGGGAGCAGGGCCUCAGUGGACGGCUCCGCAGGGGACUGCUCUAUGAUGUCGAAGAUGAGGAUGACGAGCGUCCCGGAGCUCGGAGGAGGCGAUUGGCUGAGAGGGCAGCGGACAGCGGGGCCGGCGACGGAGAAGACGAGGAGAUGAUCGAGAGCAUAGAGAACCUGGAGGACAUGAAGGGCCACACGGUGCGGGAGUGGGUGUCCAUGUCAGCCCCCCGGCUGGAGAUCUACCACCGCUUCAGGAACUUCCUUCGGACCCACGUGGACGAGAACGGACACAAUGUCUUCAAGGAGAAGAUCAGCGACAUGUGCAAAGAGAACAAGGAGAGCCUGGUGGUGAACUAUGAACACCUGGCAGCCAGAGAACAUGUGCUGGCCUACUUCCUGCCCGAGGCCCCCACAGAGAUGCUCAAGAUCUUUGAUGAGGCGGCUAAGGAGGUGGUGUUGGCCAUGUUCCCCAAAUACGACCGCAUCGCCCACCAGAUCCAUGUCCGCAUCUGUAACCUGCCACUGGUAGAGGAGCUGCGCUCACUCAGGCAGCUGCAUCUGAACCAGCUGAUCCGGACCAGCGGGGUGGUGACCAGCUGUACUGGGGUGCUGCCGCAGCUAGCCAUGGUCAAGUACAACUGUAACAAGUGUAACUUCGUCCUGGGACCCUUCUUCCAGUCCCAGAACCAGGAGGUGAAGCCCGGCUCCUGCCCAGAGUGUCAGUCCAUGGGGCCCUUUGACAUCAACAUGGAGGAGACAGUAUACCAGAACUACCAGCGAAUCACUAUCCAGGAGAGUCCUGGCAAGGUGGCGGCAGGCCGCCUCCCACGUUCCAAAGACGCCAUCCUAUUGGCUGACCUGGUGGACCACUGUAGGCCUGGGGAUGAGAUUGAGCUGACAGGGAUCUACCACAACAACUACGACGGCUCCCUCAACAUGGCCAAUGGCUUCCCCGUGUUCGCUACCGUCAUCCUGGCCAAUCACAUCUCCUGCCGCGACCAGCGCGUUGCCGUGGGAGCGCUCACAGACGAGGACGUGAAGGCCAUCAUGGCGCUGUCCAAGGACGAGCGCAUCGGCGAGCGGGUGUUCGCCAGCAUCGGACCAUCCAUCUAUGGCCACGAAGACAUCAAGAGAGCCCUGGGCCUCGCUCUGUUUGGAGGAGAGCCAAAGAACCCAGGUGGUAAACACAAGGUCCGCGGAGACAUCAACAUUCUGCUUUGUGGAGACCCAGGAACGGCUAAAUCCCAGUUCCUUAAGUAUGUGGAGAAAGUUGCCAGCCGGGCGGUGUUCACCACGGGCCAGGGUGCGUCUGCGGUGGGGUUGACGGCUUACGUCCAGCGCCACCCGGUCAGCCGGGAGUGGACCCUUGAGGCCGGGGCCCUGGUGCUGGCAGACCGCGGCGUGUGUCUCAUCGAUGAGUUCGACAAGAUGAAUGACGCAGACAGGACCAGUAUCCACGAAGCGAUGGAGCAGCAGAGCAUCUCCAUCUCUAAGGCCGGCAUCGUCACCUCACUACAGGCCCGCUGCACUGUUAUCGCGGCUUCUAACCCCAUAGGUGGGCGGUAUGACCCCUCGCUGACCUUCUCUGAGAACGUGGACUUGACGGAGCCCAUCGUGUCUCGCUUUGACGUGCUGUGUGUUGUCCGAGACACUGUGGACCCUGUUCAGGAUGAGAUGCUGGCUCGCUUCGUGGUGGGCUCCCACAUCAAGCACCACCCCAGCAACAAGGAGGGCGGCAUGGCGGGCCUGGAGGAAGUGAUCCUCCCCAACUCCUCAGACGUCCCCCUCAUCCCCCAGGAGCUGCUCAGGAAGUUCAUCAUAUACGCCAAGGAGAAGAUCCACCCCAAGCUGAAUCAGAUGGACCAGGACAAGGUGGCCCGUAUCUACAGCGAACUCCGCAAGGAGUCCAUGGCAACGGGCAGCAUCCCCAUCACGGUGCGUCACAUCGAGUCCAUGAUCCGCCUGGCCGAGGCCCACGCCCGCAUCCACCUGAGGGACUACGUCCUGGAGGACGACGUGAACAUGGCCAUCAGAGUGAUGCUGGAGAGCUUCAUCGACACGCAGAAGUUCAGCGUCAUGAGGAGCAUGCGCAAGACGUUUGCGCGCUACCUGGCUUUCAAACGCGACAACAACGAGCUGCUGCUGUUCAUCCUGAAGCAGCUGGUGGCUGAGCAGAUGGCCUAUCAGAGGAACCGGUACGGAGCGCAGAGCGACGUCGUCGAGGUCCCCGAGAAGGACCUGCAGGAGAAGGCGAGGCAGAUCAACAUCCACAGCCUGUCCUCCUUCUACGACAGUGAGCUCUUCACCUCCAACCGGUUCUCCCACGACGCCAAGAAGAAGCUGAUCCAGCAGCAGUUCUAGACACUCGGGAGACGUCCGUUACCCGCUGGCCGCUGCUUGUAAAUACGUGUACAUUUUCCGUAGUGUAUUUUUUGAUAAACGUUUCCAAAAAUGGGGUCCGUGAAGGAGCAGAACCCCUCCGUUGGCGAAGUCUCCUUGAAAAAUAACAUUGUUUUCAAAUCGCUUACAGAAGUUGUUUUUGGUUAGUUUGUCUGCGAUGUGUGAUGAGCGUUCACUCCAUACUACCCUUUUGAAUGAAUCGGCUUGUUUAACCCCUUUUGUGUCAUCAGCUGAAUAAAUAAUUGCAAAGUCAUUGCUGUAUUUACAAUAAAUGAGCAAGAUGAUGAACGUAGUAAAAAGAAAAUGCUAUGAAAUGUUACAAAAGUUUGCUUGUACAUGGUAAAUAAAUGUUAUGUGUUCAUAUGUUUAGUAAAACGUUAGCUGUUGAACUGAAGAUAAUAAAAUAAUUUCUAUGCAGUGA